AUGAAAAGUGGAAAAUCCGGUGAAGACGACGAAAAUAGGGCACAAAUGCGGAAUAUCUCGAACCAAUUUAUUAAUCAUCGCGAAGAAGCAGCGCGCUACAACCAAGCUGGCUUCCGUCCUGGCCGAUUUACGGUUGGCCAGUUGUUCAUCACUAGGAGAGUGAUCGAAAUCUGGCUGCAUUUUCAAAUCGCUCCGCGCCGACGGACCACAAGAAAGUCCGUUCGCUUGGUUGAUGAUAUGAGUCAACGAACAGGUGUUGUAGUUCGAACAGCAGCCCAAUGUACAACACCGUUUGAGGUGGUAGCUGGACUAAGACAAACGACAAUGGCAGGACCCUUCCUGAUCAGCUUUGUCAUCGACGACAUUAUGCGAAGAACAGUCGGCCAGCGUCCUGCCGAUAUUAUUCUAGCACCCUCAGUACGCCCCUUGAUCGAUCUCGAGUACGCUGACGAUGUUGUUAUAUUCGCGGAAAGCAAUACGAAACUUCGGUCCGGAAACGGUCAAUUUUGUAUCGAAGGUGGCUGCGACUAUAGACUAUGUCUACGUGAGAAAGCGUAUCGAGCAAACUUUAUUCUAUUGUGUGAAUAG